AUGUCCUCAGAGCCUUUCCAGAACAAGUCGCCAAUCAAGAUCAGGCUGCCUCAGCCUUAUCUCGAGACCUACUAUCUCGAGCGCACCGCUGAGAACAAGCAGUCGUAUCGUCUGCGCAAGGACGACUCCGUCACAGAGGGCAAGCCUUUCCCCAAGGCUCUGCACGGCGAUGGCUUGGUGUUUUCCAAGGUUCCCUCGGCGGAAUCUGAUAACAUCCCCGAUUCUGAUAACCGCGAGUAUGCCCGCGCGCGACGAAGUCCUGUUUGGACUCUCAGCUGGGACAAGCAGACGCCCACGCUUGCGCAGACCUGGAUGUUCUUGUAUACAUUCUUCACAUACCACUUGGAUGUAGAGCAGUUCCGUCUCCGUCUAGAGGGUGCUGGCGCAGAGGACCUAGCUAAGGCUUUGGCCCUUUCCAUGGUGGCUAUCAACAUGCCUCAGCCUCCCAAGGGUGUCCAGCCUGCGCCCAGCACUGGUGUCGAGGUGCUCGUUCUUCGAAGCGCUUUCUGGCAAGGAUGCGCUUCUCCGCUGGGCCAGCAGCCCAUCUGGCUCCCUACCUGGAACUCGGCCAACGUGGUGCCUCAUCUUGACUACGUGAUGACGCCCACUUCCGAGUCCACUCUGCUGCGUCACCCACGCCGAACACCCAAGCCAGCUGGUGGCGAUUGCAUCUACAGUCGCUACAUCCCUUCCCUGGACGAGCACUUCAACCUCGUCGCUCUGGACUACGAGAACCCCGAGCAUCUGGGUCUGUUCAACAAGUGGCAGAACGACCCCCGUGUCGCAGCGGGCUGGAUGGAGACGGGCACUCUCGAAGAGCACCGCACCUAUCUGAAGAACAUCCACGAGGACCCUCACCAGUUCGCCGUGCUGGGCUUCUUCAACGACACACCCUUUGCCUACUUCGAGCUCUACUGGGCCAAGGAGGACAAGAUGGGACAGCACUACGCCUCGCUGGACUUUGACCGCGGCAGGCACUCGCUCGUUGGAAACGACACGUUCCGCGGGCAGUACCGCGUCAUGGCCUGGUGGCCCAGCGUGAUGCACUACGAGUUCCUCGACGACCACCGCACCGAGAACGUGGUCGGCGAGCCUCGCCUGUCGAGCGAGAAUGUGCUCAAGUACGAGAUGAUCUUCGGUCUGCACCAGGAUAAGUGGAUGGAUCUGCCUCACAAGCGAUCCAACCUUGUCAAGAUCUCCCGCGAGCGCUUCUUCCAGAUCUGUCCCUUCAAUCAGGGCAAGCCUCGUGUGGCAGGUACGACAUUUGGCUUCGAGCCCAAGUUGUAA